AGAGGAAUUGUUCAGAAAAUAAAUUUUGGACCAACACUGAGGAGGGUCAGAGUCAAAAAAAAAACAUUGAUGAUUAUAUUACAAUUUGUGUUAAAGGUUGGAAGAAAAACAUUUAAAUUGCAUCAUAUCAGCUAAGACUGAAUAGUGAUAAUUGUGAUAGUCAAACAAAAGGGAAAAUGUGGGUUUAAUGCUGCUUUAUGCUCUCUGGAACACACUAUCAAGCACAGUUGCCACAGCAAGAAUGUGACUGGAAAUUAUGAAUCAUUGGCUUCAAAAUAAAAGCACAGUUUGUAAAGGGGAAUAAGUGAAAAAAACUAACAACUUGCUGCACUCUACACAAACUACAACUAGGAAUUUUGCAGUAGAAGAAACAUAAAAUAAUAAAACAAUUAUAUUUUGUAUUUACAGUGUAUCCCAAAAGCCUUUUCAUCACAGGACUGUCUCCAUCCAAUCAUCAAAUUAUGUGAAUGUCUCAUCACUUUCCUCUACUGUGUAAAGCUGAUUGUGCGUAAACAUGCUAAUGUGUUCAUCCUUAAGGUACAUUAUCAGUUUUAAUCUUCAUCAGGGCCGUAUAUCUUCUGCUCUUUUCUGUUCAAUAAUGCUGUAGGAAAACAUCUAUUACGGGUCACAUUUAAAAGCAAUAUGAUAGCAAAGCACCAGAGAAAUAAUGUUUUCUGAAUUGAAUCCUUUUCUGAGAAAAAGCAGCAGCAGCCAGAAGUUGCGUGUGCUUCUCAGCCUGCUUUUAUGUUAAUUGUUGGUAGUUUAAACCCUGUAAUUUAAUAUUUAGGAGCUGUUCCUUAGCUCUGGAAGCCCAUUGCUGCCAGUUAAAGGUGCAAUACGUAAGAAUUGGCCAACUCUCAAAUUCAUACUCCAAACAAGUAGGGGGAAGCACAUCACCUGAGCACCUGCUAACUGUUGCAGCAGGUGGAAGUUAGCCAGUUAGCUCAGUUAGCCAUGCAGCUAGUGUUCUGAAUUGUUGAGUCUUUUUAUUAUGUUUUUAAUGUGUUUUUAACCAAAAUGUGAAAUAUCAUGAGAUACAUUGUGACUAUUUUUUCACAAUAAUGAGAUUUAAAAAAUCAAAAUACUGAGAGAAAAAAGAGAAAAUUGUGAGUUAAAAAGUCAAAUUUACAUGAUAGCGUUUGACAAUUAUACGAAGGUUUUUGAAUUGUGUUUGUAAACAAUGAGUCUUAUUUUGAAAAAUCCCCACCGGAAGCGGAGGCCGCACUCCCCCUAACGUGACGGUGCUGGAGUUGAUGUCCGCACGCAGCCUCUCGGCUCGGCUCAGCUCAGCGGGGCUCCGCCACACAGCAGACGUGGAGCCGGGAUGAGGAGCGUGUCGCUGCCUUUUGUGCGGCUUCGGCGCUUCGACUUGAGAUUUAACUUCCAGCCGAGAAGCCAGACGAAAUAACCGGCGGUGGCGCACAGGAUCACGGCCUCUCUCCGGCUGCGAGCGAGCGCGGAUGCUGCUGGCGGCUGAGAGUCUGGAGAAAGUGAUUUUGGAGCGUUUGGAGGCACUUUGUUUGGAGACUCUCGGCUCUUUGUGCUGCAGCUUUUUUCCCUCUGGGGUAGAAAGGCCUCCAAGAUAGAUUCCCUCAGGAGUAAAGUGGACUUGCUGCGCCUCCCUCUGGCCCUCUCCUCCAAGUCCAUCAGCAGUCGCAAGAGCCAGCUGGGCGUGGUCUGGGAGAAGGGCGGCGGCUCGGGGGCAGGAGGGGCCAGGAAACCCCGCCCACCGCCAGCCUCCGACAUGGACAACGAGUCGACGUACUCGGGCUACUCCUACAAGUCGUCCCACUCGCGAAGCUCCAGGAAACACAGGGAGAGGAGGGAGAGGCAUCGCUCAAAGAGUCGCGACAUCAGCGCCCGCGGAGACAAAUCGGUGACCAUCCAGACUCCUGCAGAGUCGAUGCUGGACGCAGAGUCCACGAGGGGAGACGACAGGGAUGACAACUGGGGCGAGACCACCACCGUGGUCACUGGCACCUCUGUGGACAGCAUCUCCAACGAGGACCUGACGCGGAUCUCCAAGGAACUUGAGGAGUCCUCACCGCUGGAGUGCCGCCGUUACUUCGGCCCAGCGUUGGGUGCCGUCCUGGGCCUCUUUGCCGUCGUCACCCCCCUGGCCUUCUUGGCCCUCCCGCAGCUCCUGUGGAGGGAUACGCUGGAACCUUGCGGCACACCGUGUGAGGGCCUUUACAUUUCUCUGGCCUUCAAGCUCCUGAUCCUCCUCAUCUCCACCUGGGCGCUGUUUCUCCGCCCACCCAGAGCCACUCUGCCGCGCUUCUUCAUCUUCCGCUGUCUGCUGCUGGCGCUGGUCUUCCUCUUCGUGGCCUCUUAUUGGCUCUUCUACGGGGUGCGGGUGCUGGAGCCCCGGGAGACGGACUACAGGGGGAUUGUGGGAUAUGCAGCAUCUCUGGUGGACGCGCUGCUGUUCAUUCAGUACCUGGCGCUGGUGCUGCUGGAGGUCAGACACCUGCAGCCUGCUUUCUGUCUGAAGGUGGUGAGGACCGCAGAUGGGGCGAGUCAGUUCUACAACGUGGGUUGUCUCAGUAUUCAGCGGGCAGCAGUGUGGGUCCUGGACCAGUACUACAGCGACUUCCCGGUCAACAACCCUGCCUUGCUCAACCUGCCCAAGUCCAUCCUCUCCAAGAAGAUGUCUGCCUUCAAGGUCUACAAUCUAGGGGAAGAGAACAACACCAAUAACUCUACAGGGCAGUCGAGAACCAUGAUCGCAGCUGCCGCUCGGAGAAGAGACAACUCCCACAACGAGUACUACUACGAGGAGGCAGAGAUGGAGCGCAGGGUCCGCAAACGCAAAGCCAGGCUGGUGGUGGCGGUAGAAGAAGCCUUCACCCACAUUAAGCGUCACCAGGAUGAAGAGGCCGCGGCCUCUCCCAAACAUCCGCGGGAGGUGAUGGACCCCAGGGAAGCAGCCCAAGCCAUCUUUGCCCCCAUGGCGCGAGCCAUGCAGAAGUACCUCCGCGCCACCAGGCAGCAGUCCUACCACACCAUGGAGAGCAUCAUCAACCACCUGCAGUUCUGCAUCACGCACAACAUGACGCCCAAGGCUUUCCUGGAGCUUUACCUCAGCCCAGGUCCCACACUCCAGUACCUUGACACCAGCAACAGGGGGCGCCAGUGGACGCUAGUGAGUGAGGAGCCAGUGACGGCUGCUCUGCGCCAAGGCCAGGUCUUCUCCCUGAGACGCCUCGACUUUUCCCUGGUUGUCACGGUGACACCACUCCCCUUCUUGCGCCUGGGCGAAGAGUUCAUCGAUCCCAAAAGUCACAAGUUUGUCAUGAAGCUCCAGUCAGAGACGUCCGUGUAGGAGGAGGCAGAUGAAUAAUGGACAGUGGAAAGUAGGAGGAUGGUGAUACUAAUUCUAGUGCUUUCAGGGUAUCUUUUUUUUUAAUAUACCUUUUGGUAUCUCACAGAUAUUUUUCCAGGUUUUUUAAUUGUUGAUAAGCGUGACACCCAAAUAUGUAAAGGGGACAUGGCUAAGAUAUCAUGAACCAAAAGAAAAGAACAGAAAAGGAAAGAAAAAAAACAACAAAACAACAGACAAGGAAAGCAGAAAUGUCGCCCCCCACACACACAGACAUUGUUCCUCUUUUCAGCUCUGGUGAGAAAAAAUAAAAACCACACUUGCCUCUAAAUGCUGACUGUCAAGAUUUGACAGGAAGUAGGGCUAGUUUUCUUUAGUAUUUCACUACAAAUUUAAUGGAAGACAUCUUUUGAUAAACGUUUAAUCCUUUGUUAAAUAGUCUAUAAUAUUUUAGCUAUAUCUGUAAUUCAUGCCGCAUUUUUUCAAGAGAACAUUCCAAUGCAGGACUUGGACUUUCCCGAACACACGGAUACCCCUUUACCCACCACCAUCUUUCGGUUUUAACCAAACGUUAAAAAACGUUGGUUCCUACCCGGCACCAAACAAUAACAGGUUUUGCUUUUCCCGUUUUAUGUUGUAUAACCUCUUCCAUUUGUGGUGCGGUUCAAGAACCAGAUCUUCAUUUGGUAGACAAGGGGGGCCAGAGUGUGCAGGAACCUUGUACAGCUGACCUUUUUCAUGUGUCAGACUGGAGGGCUUCCCAUUAGCUCAGUCUUUGUCAGAGCUAAUUGUACUUCCCUUUUCUCUUUAACUUGAAGUUCCUCUUUGCUGUUGAAUGUGGCCUAUAUAUGGGCAGAGUCAAGCAUUUAAAAAAAUAAAUAAAUAAAUAAAGGAAGUCCCCCAGGCCUUCUUACCUUUUUCAGCAGUUACUGGAUUCACUGACUGAAUCAGUGGACAGGCGUACCUCCCACUGAAAGUAAGUAUGAAGUAAAAAAACAAAACAAACACUGGAUGGAUUUGAUGCACUGAAUAUUUCAUGAAUAUGUUUGUAUGAUGUCCUGCUCAGGUUUGGUCACAUCACUUCUCUUUUCUGCAGUUCCACCCACAGAAUUGUGUUUUUGUCUGGUGACACCGAUAACGUUUGAUGUGUUAGCAUCUAUGUAUGAGCUUUGUAUUGGACUUGAAGAGCUGCAGCUCAACAUAAGAACUGACAAAUGUGCAUCUUUUUGGCAGCUUUGUAUAAAUUACUGUCUUUGAUAUUUUUCGCAAAGUGUCUGGCAUGCUGAAGUGGUCUAGUUGUGGCUACGUUGCAUUGUGGGUAAAUGAUCGAAGUCAAGACAGCGGAACCAGAGAUUUUUUAUUUUUUUUCAAAACCUGGAGCUUACAUUACCCACAAUGCAACUUAGCCGCUGAUUGACAUCACUGGAGGAGAUUUAUCAGAUUACAUGCAGCUUCCUCUGGAUCCACUGGAGGUUUACACUACUUUUCAUAUAUUUAGUAGUACUCCCCACCCUUAUUUCUAAAUAAAGUUGUGGGUUUUUUUUGUUUGUUUUUUUUAAUUGUGGUGCAGCCCAAAAUAUAUUUUUGUUUACUACCCAGUAUUUUCCUUUUAACUAACUGAUUAAUCGUUCCACUUUUAGAGUACUAUUUUGUUUCUGGAGAUAUAAUGAAGCUGCCGGUAUGUACUGGGGGUCAACAGGCACCCCCAGCAGGUUCAUCCAGCCAUGGGUUGAUAUGUUUGCACAUGUGUGUCUUUUUGCCACUCAAAAAAAAAAAGUCAUUUUCACACUACAGAUAGAUUGUUGUGCCACCGAUAAGCAGUUUAUAUGUACAUUUUGGAUACAGUUUUGUAUUUUUUUUUUUUUCCUAUGGAUCACUUUGUUGUAGUCAGUCUAAACUAACACUUGUGAUGAGGAUUGUUAUUUACUGUUCAAUUUUUUUAGGACUAAGGUUUUUAAUAAAUGAUCUUAUCAGAAGUU